AUGUGGAGCCUGGGUGAACCAGCAACAAAAUGCCUGGACCGAAUAAAAGCCCUGUUUGGCGUUGUAAUUGACAAUUGGAACAGCAGUCCACCCCCCUCUAGAGAUACAGUCUAUGUGUCCUCUCCGCCCUCCAGUGCGACAGUGUCCUCUCCGCCCUCCAGUGCGACAGUGUCCUCUCCGCCCUCCAGUGCGACAGUGUCCUCUCCGCCCUCCAGUGCGACAGUGUCCUCUCUGCCCUCCACUCCGCCCUCCAGUGCGACAGUGUCCUCUCCGCCCUCCAGUGCGACAGUGUCCUCUCCGCCCUCCAGAGCUCGAGCGUCCUCUCCGCCCUCCAGAGCUCGAGCGUCCUCUCCGCCCUCCAGAGCUCGAGCGUCCUCUCCGCCCUCCAGAGCUCGAGCGUCCUCUCCGCCCUCCAGAGCUCGAGCGUCCUCUCCGCCCUCCAGAGCUCGAGCGUCCUCUCCGCCCUCCAGAGCUCGAGCGUCCUCUCCGCCCUCCAGAGCUCGAGCGUCCUCUCCGCCCUCCAGAGCUAGUGCGUCAUCUCCGCCCUCCAGAGCUAGUGCGUCAUCUCCACCCGAGUCCAUGCCCCCCCCACCAGCCAGCAAAGACACCACAGUUUUGAAAAGAUCAAAGAGAGUCCCAAAAGCGACUGCUAAAAAUGCAGCCAAAAAUAUUUGUGAAGAGUGUAACAAGCAGCAGACAGCAGGAAGUUACCCUAUGUCUAAGAUAAUAAAGAAGCGGGGGAAAAAAGUUCUUGUGGAAUGGCUUCCAUGUGGGACUUGUAAGCGUAUAUGGAAGCCCACUUGGGAGCCUCUUGAGAAUUAUGGACAUUGA